AUAAUUUGACCCUUGCAGCCCGGGACAUUUUUCUGAGGCUUGAUCAAAGUGAUGGACCAGUAAAAACUGAACAAUUCUUUGAGAUGCUAUUGACAGCUCAUCCUCAGUUUUCUGAACGGCAUGAAGGUGCAUACAUGCAGCAGGAUGCACAAGAGUUCUGGUCACUGUUUCUUGAAACAUUGUCAGCAACUCUUCCAUCAAAAGGAAGUGAGCCUACCACUGACUGGAUGAACAAAAUGUUUCAGAUUGAUUGUGUGACGAGGACAAAUUGUGUAGAAAGUGGCGAAACUGGCUCCAAGCCAGAUUCAAGUUAUAUCCUGACGUGUACUUUAGCAAAUGAUAUACAAAAUAUCCAACAAGGACUGAAGCGUGGUAUGCGUACUGAAGUCACGAAGCAUUCUCCAUCGUUGCAACGCGAUGCUAUUCAUAUAAAUGAGGCAUACAUAAAUCAGUUACCAAGAUAUCUAACAGUACGACUACCGAGGUUAGAUUGGCAAAAUACAGCACAAAGCCCCAUCAAGAUUUUCCAGAAAGUCGAAUUUCCAACUGAACUGGAUAUGCAUGACUUAUGCUCUAUUGAACUAAAGCAAAAGAUUCAAGCUUCUAUACAGGCUCUGGAACAUUCCAGCAUGGAUGUUGAUCAUGUUGAUUCUUCAAAACCUGAGAAAGCAUUAACUGCGAUAUACGAUUUAGUGGCUGUCCUGACACAUCAGGGCCGGAGCGCACUUUUUGGGCACUAUGUUGACUGGGUCAAGCACCAAAGUGGACGCUGGAUACAGUUCAAUGAUCAUGUUACAUCGCUACAUGACGAAAGUGAGGUUCUGAGCCUAUGUGGUGGCAGCGAUCAAGACAAGCACACGGCCUAUAUCUGUGUUUACAAAGCUCGCUUAGUUUGAAUCAUGGUUGAUACAAAGCUCGCCACAAUUUGCAAGGUGCCACAGAUUACUUUGGUUUUGAACUGAGAAAUGAUCACAGUGUAAUUGAGCUAGCUUCUGAUGGUUAGCCUGCUGGACAUGGCUUGUUAAUUGCAAUUGUUGUUAGGGGUGCAUGUGCCUAUGCUGUAGCUUUAAACAUGGCUUGUUAAUUGCAAUUGUUGUUUGGGGUGCGUGUGGCUAUGCUUAGCUUUAAACAUGGCUUGUUAAUUGCAAUUGUUGUUUGGGGUGUGUGUGGCUAUGCUGUAGCUUUAAACAUGGCUUGUUAAUUGCAAUUGUUGUUAGAGGUGCGUGUGGCUAUGCUGUAGCUUUAAACAUGAGUUGUUAAUUGCAAUUGUUGUUUGGGGUGCGUGUGCCUAUGCUGUAGCUUUAAACAUGAGUUGUUAAUUGCAAUUGUUGUUUGGGGUGCGUGUGCCUAUGCUGUAGCUUUACUAUGGGAAUGUCAUGUCAUUGGUGGAUGGAAUUGCAAGCUGUUGGUUAAUGGAAAUUUGUGAAAGAAAGGAUUUUAGUAUUUGUCUUGUUUCAAGUUGAUGAAUGCAGUUCUUUAGAUUGAUAUGCGUAUUCCAUUGCUUUAUUUAUGCUUUGAGAAUGGGGUUAUUGGGACUGUUGUCAUAUGUAACAUUUGCAUUUGGGUUUCAAACUCUGGAACUUGAGGGAG